CUGAGAACGGGGAGAAGGCUAAGGCAAUGCGGCUCGUGCUUUCAGGAUGCGCUGUAUUGCAAACCGCGCGCUUCGGCGUGCGGUGCGAACGCUCCGUUGGUUUCCCUAGGAGCAGGAACAGCGCAAGGGGCUGGCCUGUUCGCUUGGCCCGCCAGAAUGAGCGUGUCUGUGCCCCUUUAUCCCGAAGUUUUUCCACUGUAUUGAGAUGCCAGCACUUCAGUUCAGAAAAUAAAGCAGCAGACAAAAGCCUCAUGACUCCAAUGCUGAAACAUCUCAUUAUGAAAAUAAAAUCAACUGGUCCUAUUACAGUUGCUGAAUAUAUGCGGGAAGUUUUGACAAAUCCACUGAAGGGGUACUAUAUGCAUCAAGAUAUGUUUGGAGAACAGGGAGAUUUUGUUACAUCACCUGAAAUAAGUCAGAUAUUUGGAGAGUUAAUAGGUAUUUGGUUUAUUAGUGAAUGGAUGGCUACAGGAAAAUCUCCAAAAUUUCAGCUGGUGGAACUGGGUCCAGGUAGAGGUAGUCUUAUAGAUGAUAUUUUAAGAGUUUUUACUCAGCUGAGCUCCAUACUUGCUAACUGUGAAAUUUCUGUUCAUUUGGUGGAAGUCAGUCCAAAGUUAAGUGAAAUGCAGGCAUCAAUGCUGACAAAUGAGAAAGUAGAGUUGCCAGAAAGCUCCAGUGCUUACAUGCAUGGAAUUAGUAAGACUGGAAUACCAAUUUUCUGGUAUAGAAACUUGAAUGAAGUGCCAGAAGGCAAUAGCUUUUAUUUAGCACAUGAAUUUCUUGAUGCUCUGCCUGUUCAUAAGUUUCAGAAAACAGAAAAUGGGUGGCGUGAAUUGUUGGUUGAUAUUGAUCCAGAAGCUUCUGAUAAACUGCGAUUUGUCCUUGCACCCUCUUCCACUCCUGCCUCAAAAUCCUUCAUACAUGAUCAAGAAUCCAGAGAUCAUGUGGAAGUAUGUCCUGAUGCUGGUGUCACCAUCCAGAAGCUCGCUUCUAAUGUUGAAAACAAUGGAGGAGCAGCACUGAUUAUAGAUUAUGGUCAUGAUGGAACCAAAACUGAUACUUUCCGAGGAUUCCGUGGUCAUAAACUUCAUGACACAUUACUGUCACCAGGAUCUGCAGAUCUCACUGCUGAUGUAGAUUUCAGCUACUUGCGAAGAAUGGUACAGAAAAGAGUAGCCACUUUAGGACCAUUAAAGCAAAAGGAAUUCUUGAAAAAUAUGGGCAUCGAUGUUAGAUUACAGGUUCUACUACAGAAUGCUGACGAUGCAGUCACUCGAAGUCAUCUGCUUCAAGGUUAUCAAAUGCUCAUGGAUAAAAUGGGAGAACGCUUUUAUUUUUUUGCCCUUUUACCUCAUUACAGAUUUAAGCCAGAUCAUUCACUUUCAUCACCUGUUGCUGGCUUUGGAGAACUUUUAUGGAAAUGAACCCCAAAUCAGAAUAUGCAUUUGGUAAACAUCUAAAUUUCCCUAAGGAUCUAUACUUAGAUCUAUUAGGAAGACAGUUGAGUUACCUUAACUGUGGAAAAUUUCAAUCAUGCUCAUGUAACAUGUAACCAAUAUAGGGAAUCAUUGAUAAGGUAAAAUUAAAAACAAAACAGUGCUGCUGAAAGGGAGGAGGAGUUUUAGAUGGAAAACAAUAUACAAUUCUGUACUGUGAAAGGGUUUAAUUAAAGUUUGCUCUUUAAUCCAUUCCCCCGAGAAUUUCCAAAUUUAUGGGAUAAUUUCACUGCUCUCAUACACAUCCUUAUUCCCUUCUCAACCUAGCAAUAGCUGCCUGCCAACCUGGUGCUUGCAACUUCCUGCUGGAUUUCCCACUGACAGCCACAGAUUCAGUAAGCAACAACAACCAGGACUGUAGGGAGUUGCCAUCACUAAGUGAUGGGGCUGUGCUUUAUGACUGCAUCGCUUAGCAACAAAAAUUCCAGUCUCAAUUUUCAUAAGAUAAGGAUUACUUAUAUAUGGCUACCAGCGAGCAGGUUAUUUUCAGAAAACAGAGAGCUAGUACAAAUCGAGUAACAGUGCAAGCUCCUUUUCAUUUGUAAAUGCAGCUCUAUGCUAUGUUGUAAUAAAUGGUUAAUGUAUUAAUA